GUUGAAUGGGAGGAGUCGUAAUCUAAAAUGGCCGCCGCCACAAACAACAACUGACAGAUAUUUAAUAUUCUCUCCGAUAAUUUUCUUCGUCAGACCAUGGCUCUAAAAACAUAUAGGACGUUUGUAAUCAUUCUUAUUACAACUUGUCGAUCUUUUGCCGACGAUGAUAAUCAUGAAAUGGAGGAGUUUCUGAAAAGGGAGCAUUCAUUGUCAAAACCCUAUCAAGGUGUGGGGUCGUCCAGCUCCUCCCAUUGGGAAUUGAUGGGCGAUGCCAUGGUAACCACAGAGCAGGUGCGCCUCACAACAGACAUGCAGAGCAAGCAGGGGGCAGUGUGGAGCCGCAUUCCCUGUCACCUAAGGGACUGGGAGUUACAAGUGCACUUUAAGAUUCAUGGCCAAGGCAAGAAGAAUCUGAAUGGGGAUGGACUGGCAAUUUGGUACACCAAGGAGCGCAUGCAGAAAGGUCCUGUGUUUGGGAAUCAGGACCUUUUCACAGGGCUGGGUGUAUUUGUGGACACGUACCCCAAUGAGGAAAAACACCUUGAGGCACAGAAGACGAGGUACACCACACGCACACAGAGGAUCUUCCCCUUUGUGUUGGCCAUGGUGGGGAACGGAAGCAUCAGUUAUGACCACGAACGAGACGGGCGUCCCACUGAGCUGGGCGGCUGCAACGCCAUGGUGCGCAACCUCAACCACGACACCUUCAUCUUCAUCAGAUAUGUCCGUCGCAGGCUCACGAUUAUGAUUGACAUUGAUGGGCAGCAUGAAUGGAGGGACUGUCUGGACAUACCGGGGGUACGGCUGCCCCAGGGCUACUACUUUGGAGCCUCGGCCGUCACUGGAGAUCUCUCUGACAAUCACGAUGUGAUCUCCCUGAAACUGUACCAGCUGACUGUGUUACGCAGUGAGACAGAGGAAAAGGAGGAGGAAGAUGAGAUCACACUACCCAGUGUAGAUAACAUGGACCUACUAAAGAUGGGUGAGAAUGAAGAAGGGUGGAGUAGUAUUGCUAUGUUCUUCACCAUCCUCUUCUCCAUGCUGGGCUGUUUCCUGCUCAUCGUGGUCGGCCUCAUCGUCUACAGCCACUGGAACGAGAACAGACGCAAACGCUUCUACUGAGACGGAGAGAGGGGAAAAGAGCGGGAGGGAGGCCUCCCAUCAUAACCACUACUGUAGUCUGACGACAACUGCACUGAGACGCUGAAAUGACUGACAAGAUGGAGACAAUGUAACUGACCUCCCAGUGUAGACCAAUAUGCUUGACGGACAGAGGUACCCUUGGGACAACACUAAUGAAUCCUGGGAAAGACUGAGUAGCAGAUGGAUGCAUUUCAACUACAGUAGCCAACCACACUGACCCCUGCCAUGAGUAGACAUACAAAAAGUUGUAGUCUGUCCCCACCCCUACUCUCACCAACCAGGCCUUACUCUACACAAGUAUAGAGAGCAUAUUAUUAUUAUGUACUUAUUGUGUGAAAAUGACCUCCGUGUUGUCAGAUAGUGCCAUUGCUGGUUAAUAGUUUGGUUGUCUUUUUAAGGGGCUGGGGAAAUGGAUUUAUACUCAGUUUUAGGGUUUUGAAUGUCAAAGGGACAAAGUAACUGAUGUGUUCCAACUCUACAGCCCACAUGACCAGGUCCCAUCAGCGCUUGAACCGUGUCACACCAAAGAUGUUUUCAAUGGCCUAUCUGGCAAUUGAUCCGUCGCUUUUCUGCUUCGCUCUAGAAACAGCAUCAUGUCAUAUUUGCCUCUAUGGUGCUUGCGAUCAAUGUAAGUCUUUGUGCAUUUCAAUCGAUUCAGACGGUUUCAAUGAAUUCUCAUACUCAAUUUUAUUAGUUUGAAAAAUGUAUGGUUGCAGAGAAUAUGGUUUUGUUGUCAAACUGAAUCUACAGUAGAAUGCAUGAAGGUGCUAGACUAGUCAUUUUUACCACUAUUUAUGUCAAGAUUGAUUAGGUGUUUUUUCUUUUAUUCUGUAUAUGAAAUGAAAAGGUGACCAAUCCCUC